AUGCGUCCCCUCACAGAAGACGAGAGCAAAGCAGUUUUCACAAAACUUGCAAACUACAUCGGAAAGAACCUCAUCCACCUCAUCGACCGCAAGGAUGAGCCAUAUUGUUUCAGACUGCAUAAAGAUAGGGUCUACUAUGUCUCAGAAUCGUCGAUGCGCAUGAGCAUAUCGGUCGCUCGGCCAAACUUCGUCAGCGUUGGCACUUGCUUCGGAAAAUUCAGUAAAAGUGGCAAGUUCAAGUUGCACAUAACAGCGCUCGACCAUAUUGCACAAUAUGCAAAAUAUAAGGUUUGGAUCAAACCAAACGGAGAGAUGCCGUUCCUGUACGGUAAUCAUGUUGUGAAGGCGCAUCUUGGCCGCAUAACAGAAGAUACUCCUGAACAUCAAGGGGUGGUAGUCUUCAGUAUGAAUGAUGUACCAUUAGGCUUUGGCGUCACAGCUCGGUCAACAGUAGAUACCCGGAAACUAGACCCAACAGCCAUAAUUGUCUUCCAUCAAGCUGACGUUGGUGAAUACCUAAGAGACGAGGAAACCUUGUUUUGA